AUGGAGACGCUGACCUUCCCUCGCUAUAGUCCUGAUGAUAUCGUCUGCUACCUCCGCAGCCACAUCCUGACGGGCGCCGAGGCCCGAAACCUGGUCAAGAGCGACGUGUUCGGCACCCCUAAGCUUGAAAUUUUACACAUGAUUUACAUGAGAAUCCUGCAGAAGAUCUAUGGAAUCCGCCUGGAGCAUUUCUACAUGAUGCCAGUCAACGUUGACAUAAUGUAUCCACAGAUACUUGAAGGCUUCCUGCCUGUUCGUAAUCUCUAUAAUCACAUGGAGCGCUUACUUCCAGUGUGCCGGAUUAAUGAUUUUCAAAUUGCUGAUAUUUUAAACCCAAAAGCAAAGAGGACAGCUCGCUUCCUGAGUGGCAUUCUCAACUUUGUGCACUUCAGAGAACUGCGACGUGAGACCUACUUGGAGUUACAACUGAACUAUAAAUCGGCCAUGGAGAAAAAUCAACAACUGGAGAUGGCAAAUCGUGAGGCAAUACUGAAGAUGGAGAAACUAAACACUGUUCCAGUUGAACACCAAGAGGAGGUGAGGCAACUGACAGAUAGCGUUCGAGAACUGGAGCAGCUACUAAGGCAAGACUUCCAUCGGAAACAAGUAGCUGUGUAUGAAGUGACUUCACAGAAGAAGUCAGAUAUAGCAGAGCGUACCCGAAAACUGAAUGACCUUAAAGUGAUAAUGGCUGACUUGAAAGAAGAGCUAGAGCAGAAGAAAUCAAAAAUUGUUGAGAGUCCAGAGGAACUGAAAAAUUACAAAGAAGCAAUGAAAGAGACUGUUAAGAAAAUAAAGAAAUCCAAGCAAGAAAUUAUGGAGAAAUAUGAAAGCUACAGAGACAUAGUUGAGGUUUUGCCACCAUGCCAGCUGGAGCUGCAGUUGUAUCAAAAGAAGAUGGAAAGACAUGUAGGAAACAUGGAGAUGUGGGCCAAUAUGUUAUCAGAGGUCAGGAAUCUGGAGGACCAGUUUGAGAGCGCUCAGAGAGAGAUGAAAAAUGGGAACGGAAAUGAAGUAUCCUUAAGGAGACUGGUCACUGCCAAACAUGAGAAGCUGUCUACAGCUGAAAUAAAGAUGACAAAGAAGCGUGAAGGCUUUGAGAAAUAUAAGCAGACGAUAUUGGAAUGUUGUAACAAAAUUCAGGAGAAGAGAGGUGCUGUAUAUGAUAAAGUGAUGGCCAUUCAGAAGGAGAUCCAACAGAAUCGGUUCAAAAUUCACCAGCUGAACGAGAAUGCUGAAAAAGAAGAAAUGAAAGCUAAGGAAAUAUACCUAAAUCUGAAGGCUAUGUUGGAGAAGUGUCAAGAAUCUCUCAUUAAUGCAGCAAAGAGUUAUGCAGCCUCCAGAGAAGAUAAAAUUGCUGAACUGAAGAAGGGGCUGCUCAGAGUUCAGACUUCUGAAAGUAGUUCUUAA